CUUACACGAACAAAGUCCAUCGUACCAAAACCAGACACAAGAUAUGAUGCCACGAAAUUUAGCUUACGCCGGUCUCCUCUCCGCCUUUCUACAGAUAUGCCUUGCGCAGAACAACAGCAUUGUCUCCAUUCCUUAUGAGUUGACAUACCUUCUUUCUCCACCGUUUCACGGCAACUUGUUUCACAGCUUUGUCAAUGGCACCAAUACGUCAGAUGCGUCAACCAACGAGCUUCUUCAAUUUGCCGCCAAAGCACCUUUCAUCUCAUAUGAUGACGAAUUCCUGGCGAUUCUCGGCCAGAAUCCAGCCAUUGAGUUAAUCGAGGAACGCUCAGGCAACUUUGCGGGAGAAGCUGGCGUGUGGAUCAGCGAUCGUAAUGAAGUCUGGUACACAACUUGGAUCAAUGAUGGGCCUACCCACGUGGAAAUAUUGGAUUUGAACAAUAACAGCAUCAGAAACCUGACCUCUUCAAAGCCGUUGGACAAUCCAAACGGAGGAUUCUACCACCAAGGUCUCUUGUAUUUCACUUGCUUGCGAGACGACUCUCGAGACUGGUCUGGUGGGGUCGUGUCUGUUGACCCAGAGACAGGUCAUGUCGAAACUGUCCUCAACUCUUACUUUGGUCUCAAGUUUGACAACAUUGACGAUGUCGCUUGGGUCACGCAACCGGGAACAAACGACUCGUACAUGUUCAUCACUGUCCUGCCCUUCGCCGAGGGCUCAACCACGACAGAUCGCCUGCCUCAAAGUCUGUGGCGCUGGGAUCCCCAGAACAAAAUCUUGUUACCUGCCAUUAGCAGGACUGAGUUCCCCGUCGCUAACGGCGUCCGACCAUCGAGAGACCGAAAGACUCUUUGGGUGACCGACUUUGGCGGCGAAGAGCGAAGCAGGAUUUGGGGCCUACCGGCUCAAGUAGGAGCACCGGCGAUCUACAAAUACGAUCUCAAUGAAGACAUGUGGCCUGUCAACAAGCGAAUUUUUGGUGUCUCGAGAAUGCAGGCUCCGGAUGGCAUCCGCAUCGAUGAUAAGGGUAGGGUUUGGACGGGUGAAGGUGAAGGUGUUGUAGUUCGAAGUUCCCAAGGGAAGAUCAUUGGUGUCAUCAAUGGACAGUAUUUCACGAGAGAUCCUGUCAAUACGGCGAUUGUACAGUUCGAGCUCGCUGGGGAUGUUCUGGUAGUGUUGGGCCAGAAUAAGUUAUGGACAGUGAAGUUAGCUGAUACGGUCUAUAGCGCCUAG